CAUCACAGUGACGUUUUGUGGUGACUGACAGAAAGAAGAAACCAUGAAAUCUUUGUUGAUUUAUUGAAAGUCUUGAAAAUUUUAAAUUUGCUACAGUGCGAAAUACAUUGUAAACUUAUUCAAUAAUGGGUGACGACAAGCAAACUGACGAUGUUCAAUCAGACCUAUCUCAAGCGACUGAGAGCUUAAAAAUUGAGAGUGAACAAAAAGAUGGAGACUCUUCGAAAGGAGACAACAAAGUUAAAAUUGAUAUUCUGCUGAAAGCCACAGGAAAUGCCCCCAUUAUGAAGAAAAAGAAAUGGGCAGUUGAUGCAGAGAAACCAAUUGGUUGGAUCAUGGAGUUUGUGAAGAAAUAUCUUAAAUUAGAACCUAAUGAGAAAUUGUUUCUCUAUGUGAACCAGACAUUUGCUCCAUCUCCAGACCAAUUAGUGAAGAACUUAUAUGAGUGUUUCGGUACUGAUGGUAAACUAGUGUUGCAUUACUGUAAGAGCCAAGCUUGGGGCUGAGUGUACUUAGAGUUCAGAGUUCUGUGGCAUAAUGAGACUAUAUUAAAAAUAAGGUGUUAUUUUAUAUUUAAUCAUGUAAGGUUUCUUAGCUGGCUGUUUUUAUUAAGUGUAUUGUGUGGUUCGGUCAACAAAUAAUGUGGUAAAUGCAGCUUGAAGGUUUUUCUGUGUAAAUUCCCAUAGUUCUUGAGCCUAUAUUGCUGUUAUCAUAUCAAAAAGUUACGUGUGAUUGAUUCACAAUCAUAUCAUCACAUUAACAGCCUAUAAAUGGGCCAUACCGAUUAAAGCCUCUUCUCAAAUGGAGAAGAUUUACGCAUUAUACUCAAUGUGGGUUGGCAUUUCAGGUUGAUUGUGAACAGCACUCAUAUGUGAGAAGCAGGUAUCUUAAAACCUCUGAGUCACCACGAUGACUGAACAAUUAUGUGUGAUCGAUUACUGGAAACUUCUAUUUGUUGGCUAAUGACUACACAAUUAUAAACUGAAAUAAUGGUUUUAAUGAAAAACUAAACAAGUUUUGUUUUGGUGCAGUCUAAUGAAACAUUUGUUUUACUGGUCAUAUCUAUAGGAAUAAUGAAGUUGUAUUUUAAAAAAGUAGUUUAUACAAAAUUAUUUUAGUUCUAGUCACUACAUUUCGUCUAGUAAAACAUGUUUUAUUUCACCAUUAUAAUUCACCGAUUUAUAAACAUCAUUGCUAGUAUUGGCUCUGUGAAAUCUUCCAGACUAUGGUCCUUUUUAGCUAAACAGUUUUAUUUAGGUUCCCUUUUUUCUUUAUUUAGUAAUUGGCAUUUAAUCCACUUCCUGAUGUCCAAUUGAUCUGAUACUUGGAACACACUCUUAAUCAUGAUUACCUAUCAAUACAAGCUUAUUAAAAGACAUAAAUAUAAUUGUGUGUUGAUAUCAUGAUGCAUCAUAACCUGGUGUAAGUUUUGUCUGAAUUGGCGUCAAGUCUGGUUUAUCAUGCAUAUUAAUUUGUUACCUUUGUCACAGUGAAAUAAAGUUUUCUCCACAACAAAAGUAUCAGGAGACUGAAUUAGCUUAAAGCAAAAUAAAUAAGCUGAAGGCCAGUUCUGAAUAAAUGUUAGCCGGCAGAUGUUUGAUUGCAUUCCACAAUGCUUAAUGUAAGACUCUGUGUUCUGUCAGCUAAAGAAUGCUAAUGUAUGUGCGUUUCUAAAUGUGAUAUGUAUCAUAUUAGUUGUAAGUGUAUGAAUAUGAAAUAAAGGGAUAAAUACUUUGUAAUGUA